CACGGGAGAGCCUGGGGUUAGAAAACCAAGGGGAAGCACCAGCAGCUCUGACCUCGGCCACCUUCCCGAGAAGAUGCAGCCACUUCUACUCCUGAUGGUCUUUCUUCUGUCCCCCAGGGCAGAGGCAGGGGAAAUCAUUGGGGGCCAUGAGUCCAAGCCUCACUCUCGUCCCUAUAUGGCGUAUCUUUCGAAUAAGUGUCCAAAAAGCAGAUACUGUGGGGGUUUCCUUGUGCGUGAGGACUUCGUGCUGACAGCAGCUCACUGCUGUAGAAGCUCACGUACUGUCACCCUGGGAGCCCACAACAUCAAACGGAAGGAGAAGACCCAGCAGAACAUCCGGGUGAAAAGAACCAUAUGCCACCCAGAUUAUAAUGAUACUACGCUUGCAAACGACAUCAUGUUACUGCAGCUGAAAAAGAAGGCCAAACUGAAUGCCGCCGUGCGCCUCAUCAGUCUGCCCACAAGGAGAGGCCAGGUGAAGCCAGGGAUGGUGUGCAGCGUGGCCGGAUGGGGGCGCCUGGGUGUAAACACCAGAGGUGAUGGGAAACUGCACGAGGUACGGCUUGAAAUCCAGAGCAACAAAGAAUGCAUCUCUCGCUACAAACAUUACAACAACGUCAUCCAGAUAUGUGUGGGGGACCCAAAAAAGAUUAAGACUACUUUUAAG